AGUCGGGAGGGCGGCAGGGUUCAGUGCUGUGUGGUUUACCAGCUCCAGGGCUCCUCCAGGACGAAAACCGAGGCGCCGGGUUUUGUCGAUCGAAAUUCCUUAAUUCAUUAGCUGGGAAAGUAAUCGUCGACGACGGAGUAUGGAUCCUGCGUCGUGAGAACGUGAGUGGAGGGGAGGUAGGAAGUUUGCUUUCUGUCGGAUGUUCGACUGUGUCCCAUGGGAAUUCUUCUCCGUCAUCGACCUUUGGCCUGAAAUUCUGAAUUCCUACGGCCUCUGGAUCUUAAACAUCUUCGAAAAAUCCAUGGCUAUUGCAGGGUUGGGGAAGAUGCUCAUCCGGCAAGGUAAGAAGCAACAGUGGUCCAGCACACGAGUUCUCCCUUCUUCUCUCCUACGGCAAGGGAUAUGGGCCAGAGCUACUCAGCAUGUAAACUAUGCGACUACCACAAAGCUGAACGAUGAGGAUGAGAGGGAAGCAUCAUUAUCUCCAGUGAUCUACGAGGGGAGCAUGUCGGCUCCACUCAGGGGAGUGAAAUUGCUCUCGGCCUCUUCGUGCGUCCUCUCAGUAAUUGGGGGUCCCAUUAUAACAUUUUUGACAUCUCCUGAACUUUCUAUGUUGAUGAAGGGAGCUCUCUCAACAACGAUGGUUGUACUUAGUGCUUCCACCACGUUCGCCCUACAUUGGAUUGCUAGUCCAUACGUUCAUAAAUUGAUCUGGAUCCCGGGAAAAGAUGAAUUUGAAGUCCAGAUGCUGUCCUGGAUGGCAAUCACUACGAGAAGGAAGAUAAAGCUUUCGGAUGUUCAAACUCCACUCACUGAGCGUCCUCUCGUCACGUUUGCUGCCAAAAAUAAUUUCUAUUAUGUUGAUAAAGAUAACUUUCCCGACGAAGGGCUUCUCAAACUCUUAGUACCUGAGAGUCCUGAGGAAUUGCUAGCUGAGAAGCAUGAGGAAUAGAUGACUCUCAUUCAGUUACUUCUUAGUAGCCAUGACGAUCCUGCCACUGCUCGCCUUCCAAAAUCUACAGGCUUCCUGUAUGGUCGGCUCUCUGACGGUGGAACUGGUGUGUUUGUGUGACAUUCAAACGAGACGCUUCAUGAAGCGUGUAUCACGUUGGCACGUGAUUCAGGAUCACUACUACUGAGGGCAGGAGUUGGAGGUCAAGUUUUAGUGCACCAUAAGCAGCUCGAUAAUGUUCAGUGGAAUGGGCAAAGAAAACCACACGCUGGGAGAAGCGGAGGAUACACUCACAAGAGGUUUUGAUUGGUGUAUCUCUUAGACCGUGGCUGUUCCAGGCGUCGGCAGGACUGUCGACAAGCCACUGGGUGGUAUGAGUAGGCCUGAGGUGUUUCAGUCGAAGUUUCUUCCUCUAGCAAUAAACAUUUCAACGAUCAAGAGACCAUCAGAACGUCUAAAUAACGAGCAAUAUCAACUCCGUAUUGCAAGCAGAUUGGUGUUGAAUCGUUCAUUUCGAGCCGCUCCGGCUGACCCAAGUGACUGAGAAGAGGCGCAAUUAUCGACUACAGCGAGAGGAGAAUACGUGAUCUCUGUUACGGAGUUAUUUAUUUAAUGAACAGAGAUUAAAUUCAUGUGAGGGCAUGUUGGUAUAUUUAAGAGGCUUCUCGAAGAAGAGAGUGAUCUCAUCCACGCUUUCCGGGACUUUGAGAUCAACCCAAACCUGGAAAUGUGGUCAGCUAUAUGUUCCCCAGCUCCAUGAAGUCUGUAGCUUGACUUUACUAAUGCACAUUUUGGUGGAAUCUCGCAUCCUUUUCUUUUCUGUCCACUGAUGCUUUCCCUCAAUGGAUUCCAAAGUUACGGUUGUUAGGUGAGGAAGCACUCUGAAGACCUUAUCACAUACUUCUAUAGAGAGGAAGGAGUAAAUCGGAGUGCACCACGAUAACAUAUUUGAGGAUAUUGGACUUUCGGUCCACGAGCGGAAUCAUAUUCUACUAAUUUCGUAGGGGUUGUAUCAUACCUACUGCACUGCCCCUUCCGUAUUGAGGUAACUGCAGUACAUCUUGGCUCUGAUACUAUUAAUUUGGAUCGUUACCUGAAGUAAACUUAUGUUUUCAUUGGU